AUGAAAACGACGAAUUUAUUGAUUUUUUUGAGUUUUUUGGCUACAAAUGUCUCCGGGUGCUCUCCAGAUGUCAAGUUCGAGAAGGAUCAUCACAGAAGAAAAGAACUCGAAGACAAGUUUAUCCACAACCUGGCCGACCUGAAAAAUCACGAGGAAGUCCUUCUGAAAGCGGUGGAAAUGAUGAAGCUAGCGAAUGAAAAGAAAGAGAAUGGAGAGGACGAAAUCGAUUAUAAAAAGAGAAUCGCAGAGAUUGAAAAGGAGUUGAAAGCAACAAAAGACGAUCACACGAGAUUGUUAGAAAAACACGAGGACUACCUCCGCAAAUUCGAUGGUCCCCGUACUUGGUCGGAAACUAUCAGCAAGUACACCGGCGACGCUUUCGGACGUCUUCUAUUCAACGGCCUUUGGGGAGCCAUCGUCCUUCUACUCCCUCUUCUGAUCCGCCCAUUCCAACGGAGAUGGUUGGCGGCGUUACGCGGUGGAGAUGGUCCGACCAUUGAAGAGGUCACUGAAGAUCAUAUUGAUGGCAUGAGGAUAUCCAAUGAAGAAGUCCGACAAAUUCUGGAUUCUGAUGAUAAGCCAAAGAAGCGGAGAGUAGUGAAGGCCGAGUAG